GGAAGAAUAACAGACACGCACAAAGGAAAAUUAAAAAGCUCGUCAGACCUUAAAUCCGGGUACGGAAUUAGAUAUGUAGGAUUCGUAAGACUGAGGGUUAAUUUUAAUCGUCACAAUUUUCUUAAGACUUUUGUGUGUUGCGGAGUUCUUUUAUUCAUCAGCAACCGCCGGCUGGAUGGAUGGAUGAGUGUGGAGAGUAAUGAGAAAUAGGAAGCUGCUCUCGGGAUUUUAGAGUGCUCUGAGUGGUUAAAAGCGUAUGGAGCAGAGAAAGAGGGAAUUUAAGGAAUACAGUAUACAGAUAGCACAUGUGACAUGUAACGCAUGUUAAAUAUAUGACAAUUUAAAAAUUUCACUCCUGGAAACAAGGGAUGAAUUGGUAACGAGGAAGCGUGAGACCCUGAAGAAAUGGCACUGACCGUAUCCUCACCCCGCGUUUUCAACGGAAACGUGGGAAAGCAGGCUUAUGGAUCCACUGAAUCAACCUCAGGCAGCAAGUGCGUUUGUUGUCCUUAUGGAUACCACAUUGACUUGGACUUUGUCGAGUACUGCGAAGCGGUUGCUGCCGGAAACAUCGACAAAAACACCAUCGAGAGACGUAAAAAACGCGAGAGACGAAGACAAUGUCAGUCUAUGGAAAUUUUGCUGGGAUUGGUGAGCCCGACAUUCAGCGAACUGGAGAGCGAGCUGUCAAAAAUAUCAAACGAACAUGGGGAUGUUAUUUCAAACGGAGUAACGACCUUACCGAGGUCAGGUCACCUCACCAGCCGACCCGGAGGUAACAAUGCCUACCAACAUCACCAUCAGCACUCGGCGGCCAUGGACUUGAGUGACGUAGUCGGUGAUUUUGAGGCGACCCUGCAGCGGCUGUCCAAACCGCACAAGAAUCAUGAUCGCAGGAAUCAGACCGAAACCGAUGGAGCGCAUAUUGGACACGCGAUUCAACACACGAUCCACGCGGAUCAGACCGCGGAUUUCGAUGCCGCGAGUGUUGGAAGCGGAAAUUCAAAUCUCAGUGCCGGGGCACUUCAGAAUAUUCGAGAGCAAAUGGCGAUGUCGCUCGAGCGAAUGAGAGAACUUGAAGAGCAAGUAAAAGCGAUCCCAAUGCUACAGGCACAGAUGUCAGUGCUCAAGGAAGAGAAGAAAAAACUCGAAAAGACGGUGGAGGAUUUCAAUAGAUCGCGUUCUGUGAAAAAUAUUGAAAAUUCAGAGGCCCAGAGAUCGAGGAGCCAGUCAUUUUCCUCGGAAAAACAGGGGAAAAAAUAUUUCAAUGUUCACACGAGGGAUAUGGGGACCAUGUGUGGUGUUAUGACGCGGGACGUGGGAAUUUCACACCAGCAGGUUCGGACACGGGACGUUGGAAUGACCACUAGCACGCCGAUCCAAGUAAUCGGCCGGCCGACAGAAUUCACUACCGUUAAAUUGGACGACAUGGACAUCGAGCCGAGCAAAGCCUUUGGAUCUCCAACGGCUAAGAGAAGUCUGCAGAAAUAUCAGUCGAGAGAAAACAUAACUUCCUUUUUUAACAACAAAGACUCGUCGAGUUUAUCGAAUUUGUCACGAAGCAGCGAGUCCAGUUGGACUCCCGAAAUGAAACGUAAAAACUCGCUGUCAAAAAUUCCUUCGUACCACAGUCUGUCUUCGCCGAAACAACUGAAGGACUCUGGGACCAACACCGACAGUACGACGGAAAAAUCUAAAGACCAGUCACUGUCCCAACAGAAAACCCUGACCCGCAGCGAUUUGUUUUUCGAGCAGAUAUCACCAGAGAUUAUUUCCAAAGACCCGGAAGUCCGUAAGACCCGCAGCUGUGGUACUGAAACGACACUUAAUAUGACACAAGUUUAUACUUCCGAGGAAGUCGCCCGCAUGAUUGAGGAAGCUGUAAAUAAAUACCGUGAUUCGGUUAAAAAAAUGACAUCAACAAAAGGUACCCAGUGCUUGCCAGUAUUGCCGAAAAAAUUGCCAACAAGACAUCAAGAGAUCCAGACCUCUGAGCCCUUCAAAAUGAGGGCGCACGUUGGGGUGACAGUAAAACCCCGGACAUCUGAAGUUGGAACUUCAAUAGGACUAUCAAGCCCUGGAACAAAAUCAAUAGCCACCGGACCAGAUCCCGUUUCAAUUCAGCCGAUCUCCCUCAGUUCACUGAACGCCCGAAGUCAUUCGUUUAAUUACGGUGACACUAAACCCAAAAGAAAAACCACCAGAACCGUUGGCUCUAAUGUCGAGGGGUUGAUAAAAACUGCGCCCAAGAGUACUGACACCCUAGGUCUCUCCCCAAAGAGCCGUGAGUUCGGCACAUCGCCCAUAAAAAAGAAGUUCGUUGAUGUGUCGGUGGGUGAUUCAUUGAAACCACACAUUUCAAUAUCCUGCGCUGCCAACUACUGCGACAAUUGCAAAGAGACAAUAAAAACUCUUGCCAAACAAAUUUCAAAUAACACCGAAAAUAUGUACAAAAAUAUCGAUAACAAUUCAAACCAGACAACCAACGGAGUGUCUAGGAUACCAAGGCCAGCAAAUAUCAAUUUAAGUAACAGUGAUUUGAAAAAACAGUUCAAGAGACAAGACACCUACACCAAGAUUCCCAUCGGAAUCAUACGCUACGAUGCCGACAACAAAGAGACGUAUGAUUGUAAUAAGCAUGAGAUGGUGACCGAGGACAUAAAGAACGACGCCAAGGAGUCAAAAGAAUUAAUAUCUCCGGAAAAAGAAUUAAACAAUGAAGAAAAAACGAGUCUACCAGACUCAGCGCUGUUUGAGCCCAUACGUGACAAGUCCCGGGUGAAAAAGGAACCGUCUAAGGAGAUGCGUGCCGCGUUGAAAGUAUUGAAUGACAACUUGAAAAAGUCUCCAAGCAAGAAUUUGUCCCAUCAAACGAAAAACGCGACGAACGUCAUCCAGCAAGAGUGGUUUAAAAUUUCUAGUAUCGUGACCGCGAACCCCCUGGAUGUCGAGGACUACUUGGACUGCUUUGAAGAGCACUCCAGUAUCUUGCUGGAGCACAUCGUCAAUAUGGUUGACACAAACGGGAACACGGCAAUGCAUUACUCCGUUUCUCACGGUAAUUAUGACGUAGUCUCAAUACUCCUGGACUCAAAAGUCUGCGACAUUAAUAAACCAAAUGCCGCUGGCUACACUCCGGUGAUGCUAACAGCCCUCGUUGACAUUAAAAACUCGACCCACGCUUCGGUUAUUACAAGACUUUUCCAGUUGGCUGAUGUCAAUACUCGAGCUAAAAUUCAUGGACAGACAGCACUGAUGCUCGCAGUUUCCCAUGGAAGGACAGACAUGACCCGGCUGCUGCUGGACGCUGGAGCAGCCGUCAACAUCCAGGACGAAGACGGAAGUUCCGCGCUGAUGUGUGCCGCCGAGCACGGACACGUCGACAUCGUGAAACUCCUUCUAGAACACCCGGACUGCGACCCGUCGAUCGUCGACGUGGACGGCAACACGGCUCUGACCAUCGCCGUCCACGCGGGCAACCGCGACAUCGGGAUGCUUCUCUACGCUCACGGGCAAGUUCAUAGAGGCACCAGUCCCUACUCAUCCAUGAGAAGAAGUCGACGCGGAUCCAAACCCACGACUCCCACGGGAGCUUCUCCAUCCUUACCAGCCAGUCCUGCUCCCUCAAGAAGAUUCACCCCCACGUCAAAAUACUCCGGGAAGUAGUAACUUUGCAUUUGUUUUUUCGUUUUUGAUAAACGCUAUCAGACAUCAUCGAGAUGUUCGUUAUUUCGACUUAUAUUUUUUUAUUUAUAUUUAUAUUUCUCUAUCAAACAUUUCAGAACAAUCUAUCGAAGACUAGUCAUUUUAAAUAUUUCAAUCUACAUAUUUAUUAUAAUUAUUAUUAUUUUUUUUCUUCAUACUAUUGAUUAAUAAAAUAUCAAAGGGGAGAUUAGUUUUCUCAGGUGCUCCUUAGGAACUCGGUGCUCUACACUCAUAAAAUCAAACAAAUUUAUAAAAAUAAUGUUCAACAUUCCCCUCCUCUUUUUCUCAACGACUUGAUAUUUUAUAUUUUUCCAUGUACCUUUUUAUUGUUAUAUCGUCUUGGUACACAAAGUGUUGAUCGAUAGUUUGUCAUGUCUUCCAAAGUUUUAACUAUUUAUUGGAACUCAAUUAAUUAAGUAGCACUAGACAUUCCAGAUACGGGGUUCAAAUUUAAUAACAGGCCUAAGUCAUUUUAAAACCAUCGGGAACAAUAAUUAAAUUUUUCUAGCAUUUAAUUGAAUGCUUUUAAAUUUAAAUUUUAAAAAUAUAUAAAGACUAGAAUGUGCUACUCAAUAAAAAUUUUGAAUGUUAGUAAAAAAAAAAAUGUCUGACUAGAUUUAUUAAAUGUUGAUUGUCGUACUUUAAAAAUAUAUAUAAAUAAUGUAUCAGACUGAUUGGAACUUGUGGUAGUAUGAAAUUUAUAAAAUAUAUAUAAAUACUUGGGUAGAUAAAUGUCUGGAUAUAAAUUUAUAAAUCGUUAGAGAAAAAAAAGAGGAAAAAAAAAAAUGAUCGUGGAAAAUUAAUGUGUAAUUAUUUUUUAUUUUAUUUUAAUUUUAUUUUUAUAUGAAAAUUGAAUUACGGACAAAUGUAAUGACGUUAGACUGGUACUUAAAUGAUGAAGGAACAAAAUGAGAGGGUUUUUUAUUAUUUAAAAUAAAUUUAGAGGGUUGUGAAUAGUCGAAGACGAAUUAAGUUAUUUAAUUAUAAUAAUCGGACAUUAUAUUAAACAAAAGUUUUAUCGUGACAUAUGAUGUUGUAUGUAUUUAAAUAAAUUGUAUAAAUAUUUGAAAAGUAAGUAAGUUUUAGAAUGGAGUAGACGAAUAUUAAAUCUAUUGUAAUGUUAAUGAUAAUAAAUAAUUAAUGAAUACUAUUGAUGUAAAUGUGAUUAAAAAAUGAUGUUUAGGAGUUUUAGAUGAUACAGAUAUAUUAUAGAACAUGAUAAUUAAAUAUGUUUUUAAUUGUUUGUGCCUUUGAAUGUAACAUAUUAAAUAUUAAUAAAUAUUCGAGUAAUUUAA